GUGUUCUUCGAUUUGUAGAGCGAUUAGCUGUUGGUUUUUCCGUUAGGGUUCAAGAUUCUCGGUCCUUCUGAUGCUUUCUUUUCUGUCUCUUGAUCGAAUAGAUCUUCCUUUCCCUCCGUCUAUUUGGUAGUAGACGCUUCUUUCCACCGAAAUUUCUUCCGGGUUCUGUGGAUUUCUGUGAUCUUUUUUCUUCGUAAAGCGACUUCUAUGCAACUAGACCUAGCAGCAGUGCCCCACUUGACGUCAAUCGCCUCUUUGAGGAAGUCUAGGGGGAAUGCCUGUUACUUGUAAAAUCUCGUCAGGAGAUAUAAGCUUUUCAAAAUUUAUUUAUUUAUUUAACACAGAUGCAUGGGAGAUGUAAAAAUAAAGAAUGAUAGCAGAAACAACACUGCUGGCAACAAAUGUACAAUAUCAUCAGCUAGUAGUACAUGAAUAUUUAUAAAAAAGUCAUGAAUAAAUUGUAAAACUUGUAUAUAUUUGAUGAAUAAUUGAUUAAGUUUGAAUUGAUCGACUAUUCAUGAAAUAUGCAAGACUGAGCAUAAAAUCAAUAAUAAUUCAAGAAAUUUUCAAUAAUCAAGAGAAAAUUUUUCUGAUGCUUACCAUGAUCAUAUGCAUGGAGGUUGGAGUCUGAGCAAAUACUGAUUUGAUAGCGUUAAAAAUAUUGAGUUAUCAAAAAAAUAUUAUUGUUAUUGAAAAAUAGGAAAUAGUUUAUGCCACCAUGUAUGACAAUCAUAAUGCAUAGACCGGACGGUUGAUCGGCCUGUGCCGGAUCUCAUCCAACAACUUAUGCCCCCAGUUUAUGUCAGCCACAUCUAGGGACCGUAAUAAGUGAUGGCAAAAAUCAUUUCAUGAAAAUGUCAUUCAUGUUCUAAGUCAUUUCAAGAUGAUAUUAUCAAUUAAGAGUGGUAAUUGAUUGCUCGGUCAGUGAAAUACUAUCGCAUUGAUUUUUUUUUUUUCAUGGUAGAAGGUUGUUGACAUGAUAGUUGCAAGACUAUUUAUUGUUGAUCUCAUGACAACUAGACCUUCGAGUGCCUUUUUGUGAUUUGUUUUUUGCUACAAAUUUUUUGUUUGCAGUAAAAUUAUUAGUAAAUAUAAUCUGCCAACCUUGGAUUGCCUGUGACUCCAAAACAAAACUCUUGGACCCUGAACCACUAUUAGUAAAACAAACCAUCUAAUGAGCCUGUAGCAAUUGAUGAUUUUUCAAAAUUCAUAUUGGUAUUACCUUCUAUAUUUUUCUCUUGUAUAUGAGCCAUAUCUAGGUAUUCUCAAACUUCAAGUCAUUUUUCAGAAUUUGUGAGGGUUGAAACUUAAAAUCUCUCCCCACAAGUAAGGUCCAAUUAAUGCAGCAAUCAACAACAUUCUGCCAUUAUCAACAUUCUCAUCUACCUUUUUGAUGUAUUUACAUUAUGUCUACACAUGUUUCCAUUUAUGAACUGCAAAUGACCUAAUCCAAAUCAAUGAGAAUUCAAACCUAAAGUCUCUCCUCAAGGUAAGCACCAAAAGGAGAGUAGUGCCAAAUGUGAAACUUAAACUUCCGUUAGCAUGAUGGUUGAUAUUUUUCGCGCCAUUUUGUGCUAAACCAUUUUUGUCUACUUCUAUAUAUAUAUAUAUACACACACUACAUCUACACAUAUUUCUGGUCUUAUACUUCAAAUAAUCUAUCCUAAUCCUUGAGAAUUUAAACCUUGAACCUCCCUCUGGUGUACUUGGCGAAAAAAGUAGUACCAACCACCAAAUUUAAAAUCUUGUUAGUAUAACACUUAACAGCUUCCGUACCAUUUUAUAUUACUAUGAAAAUUCGAACCUCGAACUCUGGUGCCAAGAAAAAUUGUACCAACAACCAAAUUUAAAGUCCUAUUAAUAUGACAGGUAACAAUUUUCGCGCCAUUUCACAUUAAACACUGAAGAUUUUUUCAUGCAUUUGCACUAUGGCCACAUCUUGCUAUCAGAAACUUCAACUUACUAACCUCUUUCGAAGAUGAGAUGGAUGAUGACUGUGAGACCAUGAUUGGUGUCUUGUACUUUUAUAAUAAGCUUUGUAGUUAUAGUAAAUAUUAAAUUUUUGCCAAAAAAAUAACAUGUACUUUCUUUUUUACAUUUUUGGCCAAUAUUUUGAAAUAUUAGUCCAUUGUAUGCAAAUAUCGGUGCCGAUAUGGUACAUAUAGAUUUCUGAAGCCUUUAAUCCCAAAUAAAACCGUUAUUCCGAUUAUAUUUCGUACCGGACGGCCACCGGAGUAGCCGACAUAUCGACCGUUUGAAUACUUCAUUUUCCCUGCCACCAAAUAAUUUGUCUUUGCUCUUCCCAAUUCCUCUUUCCAUUUCCUGCCCUUUUUCCCUCAGCCGUGUUAGAAACCCUAGCUAUUCCUUCUUGUUCCUCCUCGGGAGAUUCGAAGAAAGGGGCAUCGGAGAACGAAUCGAGAGCCCCAGGUGCUCUGUGAUGCCAUUUUGGAAGAUUUCUUGCAGGUGAAGAGAGGGCUUGCCUCGACUUGUUUCUUGUUAUUGUUUGGAAAGAUCGUUGAUCAUGGCAGACUUGGAGAACCUGCUGUUGGAGGCAGCAGGAAGAAUGGGCGCAUCCGGGAGGAAGAACAGCCACUCUCGUCCUCAGUCAAGAUGGCGAAGGGAAGGCUCGUUUUCUGAUGGAAGUGAUUCCAAGGACGACGAUUCUGAUAGCCCUAGGUAUAAUAAAAGAAAAUCGGCAGGCUCUCAGGUCCCUCUUAAGAAGAGGCUCGACCCUCCUGAGAAAGACAAGAGGAGUGGCUGGGGGGAUGAUGAUGAUGAUGACAGGCACAGCAGUGAUGAGUCUGACAGCGCUCCAUCGGUUGGCAGUGAUCUUUACAGGGAUGAGGCAGAUAAGGAGGAACUGGGGAAGAUGUCUGAGUUGGACCGGGAGUUGAUACUAGCAGAGCGGAGCACGAAGAUAGAUGAUUACAAAUUGAAGAAAAUGGCGAGAGCAUCAUCGAAGAUUGAUAAGUCCCGAAAAGUGAGCCCUCCCCCUCUGCCAUACCGCAGCCGCUCAUCAGUCCGCACUGAUAGGACAGCCGCCAAAAGUGCCUUGAAUGAGCUGAGGGCCAAACGGAUGAGACAGCAAGAUCCAGAGGGUUAUCGUAGUAGAUUCAAGGAUGCAGCUGGAGAGGGAGGUGGUGCUGGUGCUGGUAAUCAGGAUUCAUCUCCUUCCAAACAUAGGUUAGCAGCCAGUCCUCCUAGUGACUUGAGCAAUGAACGUGAAAAUGGAGGCAGAACGGAUAGUGAGGAUGAGAGGUUCCCAGGGAACAACAAAAUUGAGGAUGAUUUAUUAGAUGAUUCGCCAUCUAGAUUGGAUCCACUGAAGUUUGAGGAUAUCAAAGAUAUAACGAUUCGGAGGUCAAAGCUGACUAAGUGGUUCAGAGAACCUUUCUUUGAAGAGCUCAUUGUUGGGUGCUUUGUAAGAGUCCAGGUUGGGUCUCGAUCUGGUGCCAGAUAUAAGUUGUGCUUAGUUCGAAAUGUUGAUGCAAGCGACUCUAGCAGACAGUACAGGCUGGAGCAUUAUACAACUUGUAAGUUGCUGCACUUGACAUGGGGUAAUAUGUCAGAGAGGUACGAGAUGGCUUACAUUUCAGACUCUCCAGCUCUUGAGAAGGAGUUUAAGGAAUGGCAACAUGAGGUUGAGAAGAGUGGUGGUCAGAUGCCAACUCGUCAGGAUGUGCAUGAUAAGAAGGAGGCUAUUCAGAAGAUCAACAGCUUCAUCUAUUCAGCAGCCACUGUGAAGCAGAUGCUGCAAGAGAAGAAGUCGGCCUUGGCAAGGCCAGUCAAUGUAGCAGCUGAGAAGGAUCGGUUGAGGAAGGAGAUGGAGGUGGCGGAGAGUCGGCGGGAUGAGGCAGAAGUGGAAAGGAUUCGGGCAAGGCUGAAGGAGUUAGAGGAAAUGUCGAGGCAAGCAGAACAGAAGGAUUUAAAAGCUGUAAGAUUGGCUGAGAUGAAUAGGAAGAACCGGGCCGAGAACUUUAAGAAUGCCUCGGAGUUGAAGGCAGUCAACACAAGAUUAAAGGCUGGGGAGACAGGUUAUGAUCCUUUUUCUAGGAGAUGGACUAGGUCAAGGAAUUAUUAUGUGUCAAAGCCUGGGGGAGAUGGGAAUGCAGUAGCUGCAAAUGGGGAUAAUGGGAGAGCAACAAUGGGUGAUGGAGACGCAGUUGCAGUGGGGCUGCUGAAUGGGGUCGAAGCUGGUGUGGCAGCCACUGCUGCAGCUCAGGAGGCGGCAGCAGGUGCAGGGAAGUUGGUAGACACGAGUGCACCAGUUGAUCAUGGGACGGAAUCAAACACACUGCAUGAUUUUGAGUUGCCAAUCUCUUUGGCUGCUCUACAGAAGUUCGGGGGCCCUCAAGCUGGGCAUUUUAAUUUUAUGUCAAGGAAGCAGAAGAUAGAAGCAACGACUGGAUGCAAAGUUCCAGACAAUGAUGGGCGGCGGCAUGCUUUGGCUUUGACGGUUAGUGACUACAAGAGACGGAGGGGUCUGCUUUGAAUUACUGCUUCAGAUGGGUUUCAGUCUAUCAUGUCUGAUUGGAACUUCUUUGGUUCCAUUUUGGUGUCAUGAUUAGCUCUCUUUCUCUCACGCCCACAUCUUUCCUUCUGCUUCCCCUUGCUGACUUUCAAAAAUUGACUAUUGGAGUUUAUGUUGCUUUCAUGAAAGAUAUUAGUUACUUUAUAAUUUUUUUUUGAAAUUAGGAUUUAUGUUCCGAUUAUGUUGAACAACACCUCUUGGACAGUGUUUCUUGUUUAAUUCAUCAUCAUAGUUGGAUCCCUGAUUUUAGAUGUGCGAGUAUCCUUGUCAGCCACUGAAACCCAUCCAAAGUCCAAACUCGAUAGCAAUUAAUUUGUGCAUGAACUUGUCUUUA